AUGCCAGGAGACCUCCUCGGCUUGGCAGCCAAUGCGUUCACCGCGGCAGGGGAGAUUCCCCGCCCUCUGGCCGAGGCGAUCUCAAAGCGAGUGGUAGCUGAAGCAGACCUGGCAGAUGUGCCGGUCGAUAGUCUGACGCUCCUUUUCCACUCAUCGCGAGACUUCACCUCCAAUGCUGCCUGGGCAGUGGAGCAGCACUUGCCACAAAGGCUUUCGGAGAUGAACGACCAAGAUGCCGCUCUCUUUCUUUCCUCUGUAGGUGUGUCCAAGGGCCCGGCGAAACGGCCAGAGCUACUCAAGGCUCUGGGGCGGAGCCUCAGCUCAGCUCCAGCUCUCACGGGGCCUGCCUUGGCACAGCUGGCGCAGGCUUUCGCACGACUUCAAAGCCGCGACGAGGGCGUCUUGUUACCACUUCGGGACCUCGUCAUGGCCAAAGUACGGCAGCUACCACCCCAGUCUAUGGGCAUGGUCUCCAACGCCUACGCCCGGAUGAGCUUCCUGGAGGGCCCGCUUCUCGAAGCCGUGGCAACGGCCGCCUCUGAAGCCCUGGCUACAGAGGCUGAGAAGUGGGAUCACAUCGCAGUGACGCAGUUGCUGAAUGGCCAUGCGAAGGUGCGGUGCUUCGAUGCCAACUUCUUUGAUCGAGCUCUGGAGUGGCUGUCCUUGCCGGCAAAUUUGGCCUCCUGUUCACCGCAGUCUUUGGCCAUCGCCAU